AUGGCGACGUCCACGGCGAGCGCGUCGACGGCGUCGGUGGCGGCGAUGGAAACCCUGGUCGUCGCGCUGCAAGACCCGGAGACGCGAGAGUCGGCGCUGUUGGAUCUGAGCAAGAAGCGAGACAUGUUCGCGGAUCUCGCGCCGACGCUGUGGCACGCCCACGGCGUGAUUCCGGCGCUGUUGCAAGAGAUUGUCGCGAUUUAUCCGCUGUUGAAUCCGCCGAAUCUGACGAAUCACGCGAGUAACAGGGUGUGCAACGCGCUGGCGCUGCUGCAGUGCGUGGCGAGUCACCCGGACACGCGAGGGUCGUUUUUGGCGGCGCACGUGCCGUUGUUUCUGUAUCCGUUUCUGAACACGGUGAGCAAGACGCGACCGUUCGAGUACCUGCGGUUGACCUCGCUCGGGGUCAUCGGAGCGUUGGUGAAGAUGGACGACACGGAGGUUAUUAAUUUCUUACUCUCCACGGAGAUCAUCCCGCUGUGCCUACGAACGAUGGAGCUCGGGAGCGAGCUGUCGAAGACGGUGGCGACGUUUAUCGUGCAAAAGAUUUUGAGCGACGAGGUGGGGUUGUCGUACAUCUGUGCUACGGCUGAGCGGUGUUACGCCGUGGGGACGGUUUUGGGGGGUAUGGUGACGCAGCUCGCGGAACAGCCGAGCGUUCGGUUGCUCAAGCACAUCAUUCGGUGCUACCUCAGACUGAGCGAUAACGCGCGGGCGAGGGAUUGUCUGCGACAGUGUUUUCCCGAUCAACUCCGCGAUCCCGCGUUUACGGCGUAUCUUAAAGACGAUCUUGCGACGCAAAAGUGGUUGGUGCAGCUGUUGCACCAGCUCGGGUACACGACGGCGGCGCAAUAG